AAAGCUUGGCGGGGCUGAGUAGCUCUUCUCUUCGGCCGAGGGGCCAGUCCGGGCGAGGAGGGCGGGUCGCGUACACGCACCCCGGGGCGAACCACGAGCACACGGGAUGCUGCUCAGCUCGGGGUGCGUGGUUCGAGCGCGGGUGGAACGCCUGGCCGACUUGGUGGCCAGAGCCUUCAGCUGGUGCAUCUCGCUAGGACACAUCGUCUGGGCGGGGCCGCUCCCCGAACUUGGCGCGGAAAUGGAGAGCCCCCUCGCCAUGGAGAUGCCUCAGGAGCAGGAAGCCGCGCUGCAGCGCUUCUGGGCCCGCCGCCCCACCAUGACGGUGACCCAUGCCGACGAGCCUGGCCUGCUCGACGACUUCUUCCCUCAGGAGCAGGAAGAAGCAGCAACCAAGCCGCAAACUCAGCUUGCUGAAUCCUGCUUCUGUCAACAACCUGCUACUGAACCCCAUGAUUCACAUGUGGAACAUAUUCCAGAAGUAACAACAUUCAAGUCGCAAGAGCCUAUUAUCUUGGAUGCCUCAAAACUUGGAGACUUCCCAGCUCGUUAUGAGAUACCUGCCCUUCAUUCUCAUGAAUUUCCUGUUGUGGGUCUUUGGGUUGAUCCACGAGUUGUUCCUGGUUUCCGCUAUCGUGUUCGUCCUCUUGACGACAAGCGAGGAAGGCACUUGUUUGGAGGAAGAGCUUUAACUCUGCAAAGUAUCGGACGGGGUUAUUCUCGACGUCUUACUUUCGAGCCAAAUCCUGGUUCCCUCAAUGACAACGAAAACUACCUGUGGUCAGAUUCAAGACCACAGGGCCUGGCUUUUGAAUUGGAAGCUAUUUCUCCUGGUGACAAAUUCACCCUGCAGGAUGUUAACCAUGUCAUUGCAGGCACAGCAGAAAUCAUUCAGAUCCAGCGACCUCAAAAGGAAAUAAACCACAAGGUGCUCAGGAAUGGUUCUGUACAAAAAUCAGUUCAGAUUCACGCCCUGUGCAAAGUGGAAUGGUUUGAUGACGGCCAGUCACCAGUAGUAGUCCCUGUGAGUGGUGUAGUUGUUGCUGUUCGAGCCAAAGGUGCACAAAGAGCUGUAGUGGAACAUGUGAUAAAUGCCUGUGUUGGUGUUCACCAGCGAAGAGGCUUUACUCUCACACCAGGUGUGAAUGCUCAAAGUAGACAAAUCACUGUCAGAGGAGAAGAUAUUGGUGAUGUACCUGCAAGAUACUCCAUUACUGGUCUGGAGGCCUACGAACACCCUGUUAUUGGAACAUAUGUGGAUCCUCGCAUUACUCCUGGCUUCUUCUAUCGUGUCAGGCCAGCUGGCAGCAGGCGACCUUUAUUCCAGGGCCGCUCACUGCGGUUGGCAUCUAUUGGAAUGGGUUACGGAAAGCGCAUUACAUUUGCUCCUGAUUCAGACUCCCUGAACUCUUCCACCAAUUUUUUCUGGAGUGACUCUCACCCUGAUGGACUUGGGUUUGAGCCAAGGGCUGUUCAUGCAGGAAUGAAAUUUGCUGUGAUGGCUGAUGGCCAGAGCUUGGGAGAAGCAACAGUAUUCAGAGCUGAUGCAGCCCAACAAGAAGUGAGACAGGAAUUGGUGAAAGGACCAAAGGGCUGUUCUGUGGUGAAAUACAUCCAAGUUGAUGUGACUUGUCAUGUGACAAUGGACUCUGCCCACGAUGGCAAGAAAUUGGAUACUCAUACAAUGAGAGUAUCUGGUACAGCAGUUGUAGUUCGACAUGCAGGAAGUAGUAUUGCCAAUCUUCAACGGGUGGAAAACGUUGGUCUUGAUUCUCAUCUCAACUUGCUGUUCGUUUCUCAACAUUCAUCACUUGAAUUCCGUCCUCUGUGAAAGACUUCGAACAUGGCAAGGAGUAUGUGGAUCUCAUGAUAGUAUUUGUUGUAACUACUUGUUCAUGUUUUUAAAACUGAAUUUGAAAGCUGGUUUAAGACAUUUCCCGCAUGUCCAUUGUGAACUACAAGCUUUGUAGGUUUAAAUACUUAAAACUGUACCAUGCACUUAAAUGCUCACUGUUAAAGAUGUAAAGUAUAAAUAUUUUUUAAAAAACUACAUAUCUUCUAAAACUGUCUACGAUUGUACUGACAUGGCAGAUAGAAAUAAUUUUGAUAUACAAAUAUUCAGUGAAGAUAAAUACGAGGUUUAAUAUUUUCAUUAUUCAUUUGACAAUGGAAUUUUUUACAUUAAUAAUGGAAACAAUUUCUUGCAACUAAAUAAUACAAAUCUCAAUUUUUAAAAUCAAUGCACAAACUUUCUAGUUCAUUCUUCUAUAUUAUAGAAUAAAUGUUCCUAUUCUUUUUUUUUUGUAAGAUUUUUUUUUCUUACUGAGUGAGUACCCAUGUCCAGCAUAUCUGCUGUAAAGAUAGAGCAUUCCAUAAGGGUUCUUGUUAGUUCUCUAACAGAAUCUUAGGAAAAGGAAAUAGAACAUCUUACGAAUUUUUAAAUCGCUGUUAAGGUAAUGUUAAGAGUUGGUUGUUAAGAAUAAAUUGUUAAGCCAAAUGUUGUUAUACAGUAUUUGUACUUGGUAGCAAUGAAUUUAUUUUGCAGCAGACAUUUGUAUACCUCAAUUCUUGAGUUACAUUGUUGCUUUUUUUCUACAAAAAAGUAAAUUAUUCUUUAUAGAUAGUUUAAUUUACCUUACCAGGCAAAAAAGCUUAAUUCUAAGUAUUGCACAAAACAAGGUGCAUGUCAAAACAUUUGAACUGUUUCACAAGUGCUUGCAUACAUCAUUCCAUAACUAUUACAUAAAGUAGAUGCCAUGAAAACUAAGUUGUAUUUAGAUACACAUGUUUUCAAUAGAAUGCUGAGUAGCAAAGUAUUUUGUAAUUUGCUGACUCUUCAACAUUCUGGUUGUUAAGCCAAAUAUUUUACAAAAGCCGCUCACAAAAAUACUCAUUUUAUUUGUACCAUUAUUUAUACAAAUAAUUUAUGAAAUGACAUCAAACACUCACUGCAUAUUGAAAUAAAUGUUUGUAAACUGCUUGGAAAAUAAAGCAAUUUUUGCCUCAGACACGCCUGUAUCUUUGAAGGGUUUGAAGGUUUAAGACUGUAGGGGCCUUAUCUUCAGGAGUGAAAAGCAACAGAGCACUACAUUUGGAGGACCAAGCAGGGAACGCUGCUGCCCUUAUUGUUCUCCAUGCAUCCUGGUAGUCACGAGCUUUGUUUUUUGCUGUCAGAUAGGUCAUUUCAUCCACCUGAUCAUCAUCCAAUACCUGGUUUGAUGUCAAAGGAAUGAGAAGGUGACGUACCUUAAAGAGAUGCAUAACAUGAAAAUACUGUUUAAAUAACUCCUUUUUACAUAUUGAUAAUCUCCCAGAAAUAGUCUGAGUAGCUUUCUUUGUGAAGCCUUGCUUUUUGCCACCAACAGCUACUUCCAGAUCCCUUUCUUUUACAUGGCACCAUACUAUACUGGAAGGACAUGGGUUUUUGUCCUUUAUCCUGGCAUCAAUAAAUGGCACAGUUGAUUGCAGCAAAAGCGGCGAUGCUACAAUAAAUGGAUCCUUAAGACAAUUAGCAUGCUUUUGCAAGCGACCUCUCACUGCUCGAAACAUGGCAGUUUCUGAGAAGGGAACGCCACCAGCAAUUACAAUUGUCUGAAAGUAUAUGGGACGAUCCAGAAGCUGAGCUAACAAUGCCCCUUGCACCCCAACAGCAUUCCAACGGGCCAACUUAUCACUGC